AUGUCCUCUCCUGAGAAACUGCGCCUAUGUCUACUCAUUCCCCGUAAGAAGGGUUUGAGCGUGGAGGAAUUUCAUAGCCACUGGGCCAAUAUCCACGGCCCACUGGUAACAGAAUGGAUGACAAGAUAUGGUGUUUCAACUUAUAAUCAGUUCCACCGUAUACAGCACUCCACAGAGGCGAUCGGUGUCCCGCCUCAGUAUGAUGGUAUUGCAGAGAUAACGUUCAGUCGCUACGAGGACAUGGAAACAGCCUACAAAGACAAAACAUAUCUGGAAAUUAUUCGGCCUGACGAGCUAAAGUUUAUCGACUUCGAUAACAUUGUUUUCAGUAUUGGGAAAGAUCUGGCAGUCGUGCAGGAUGGGAAGGUCGUGCUUCCAGCAGAAACAGGCUACUGA